AACACAUAAAAUCCUAAUUUUAGCAUUUUCCCUUGGGGGGAAAAAGUAACAAAUUGGCACCGUUUCUCGAACUUUGUAUAAUGAAGUGUGUAAAAAGAAAUGAGACAGAAUCUUAUUUUGUUUUUUUGGUACUCCAUAGGCCGUGGUUGAUAUACAGUGCAGUUAAUCAAGGGAAAAUUACACUUUUAUUUCUAACAUUAAGUGUGGCAAAAUACGGAGUCAUGUUUCUCAGGUUACUUGCAUAGUAAUGACAGAUUUUUCCUUACGUGCUACCCCACCCCACCCCCCUUUUUUUUUGUAGUGGGAGUCUUUCAGAUUAGAAAAGAGAGAUUAAGAAAUAACUAAUUUUUAUUUCCUUAGGUCAUUAUAAGUCAUCACUAUCACUUUAUAAUUUUGAAAUAUCCAAUAUGUACUAGAGAUGCUACCUUUUAAUUCCAUUUUAGCUGUUAUUUGUACCUUCAAGGAACUAAAGGACUUGGCACAGCAAACAGAAGAAUUAAACGAAAUACAGCAAACCAACAGAGAUAACUCUGGAAGCCCUGAAUGCAGCAAAAUAAGAACAAUGGACCUCAAGUUUAACAACUCCAGAAAAUACAUCUCUAUCACUGUGCCAUCCAAAACCCAAACAAUGUCACCACACAUUAAGUCAAUUGAUGACAUUAUAGUACUUGGCAUAAAUCUCAGCAAAUUUAACAAACUUACUCAGUUUUUCAUAUGUGUUGCUGGAGUUUUUGUUUUUUACCUAAUUUAUGGAUAUUUGCAGGAAUUAAUAUUUUCAGUGGAGGGUUUUAAGUCCUAUGGCUGGUACCUUACUUUAGUGCAAUUUGCAUUUUACUCCAUAUUUGGCCUAAUAGAACUUCAGCUUAUUCAGGAUAAAAGGAGAAGAAUACCAGGAAAAACCUACAUGAUAAUAGCUUUUCUAACAGUGGGUACUAUGGGGUUAUCAAACACUUCCUUGGGCUACCUGAAUUAUCCCACCCAAGUCAUCUUCAAGUGCUGCAAAUUGAUUCCUGUUAUGCUAGGAGGAGUUUUUAUUCAAGGAAAGCGUUAUAAUGUUGCAGAUGUCUCUGCUGCCUUAUGCAUGAGCCUAGGCCUCAUCUGGUUUACCCUUGCUGACAGCACAGUUGCACCUAACUUCAAUCUGACAGGUGUCAUGCUUAUUUCCCUGGCACUGUGUGCAGAUGCUGUCAUUGGAAAUGUUCAAGAGAAAGCUAUGAAACUGCACAAUGCUUCUAAUUCUGAAAUGGUUUUAUAUUCAUAUUCAAUUGGUUUUGUGUACAUAUUAUUGGGAUUGACAUGCACUAGUGGAUUAAGCCCUGCAGUAACAUUUUGUUCAAAGAAUCCAAUUCAGACCUAUGGUUAUGCAUUCCUUUUUUCCCUCACUGGAUACUUUGGAAUUUCUUUUGUUCUGGCUUUGAUUAAAAUUUUUGGUGCACUUGUUGCUGUAACAGUGACAACAGGAAGAAAAGCAAUGACCAUUGUACUUUCCUUUAUAUUCUUUGCUAAACCAUUCACAUUUCAGUAUGUAUGGUCUGGUUUAUUAGUUGUCCUUGGCAUAUUUCUCAAUGUUUACAGCAAAAAUAUGGAUAAAAUAAGACUACCCUCACCGUAUGAUCUGAUAAACAAGUCAGUGAUUGUAAGAAAGUCAAGGACGUUAGCACAAACUGUGUAGGUACUGAUUUGUCCUGUUUAGAAUUUUAAGGGAACAAUCAAUCAACUUUCCAAAAGGACUGUGAUAAAAACAACCAAAGGAUCUGAAGGCAUGCUUUGCAUUUCUGGAUGGAUUGCAUAUGAAUAGUGUUGUGGUAUCAGCUGUUCUUCAGAGCACCUGUUUGACUGACUUCUGAUGCAAUCAAGAACCACAUCUAGCACACCUUGCAAUAAAAUGUCUACAUGAAGGACUGACUACUCCCUAGCAGUUUCUUGAGAAGUUCACUGGAAAUGGACCAUGAUACAAGACUUUUUGGAUAUCAUUAUGAAUACCAAACACUGAUAUGUAAUAGCACAUUGUUUUGUCUUCAUUCCAUUUUGGUGGUAUUUAAAUUGAUUCUCUGUUAUAAGAGUAACUUAUGAUUUAAAGUUUGGAGAGAAUAACAUUCAUUAUAAAUAAAAUAAUCUUAUGAUUUUUUUAAAGGAA